GGUUCUUGGUUUGUUCCACUCCGCCCCACUUUCAAUGGGUUGCUAGGCGACGGUAGUCAGGUGACUGUCUGCAGACAGAACAUGGCUGAUCUGUCAGAAGACCAAUGAGGGAAAGGCCAACAUUUAGCAUAAUCGAGCUUAUUUCCUGCGUCGUUUCUGACCACAGUGGAGCGUCGUGGGCAGCGGUUGACCAGAGUUCUUCAAGAUGAGCGGGUUGCCGGAGGGAUUAGCAAAUGGCAGAAGCGAACCCCUUGGGAACGAUGCUCAGAUUUGGGAAAGACCCUGGACUCUUGAAGAGAUGCGGCGGAGCAGUGCCGACUGGUCCCUGGCAGCUGACUCAGGACUCUUCCUGUUCCUUCAAGACUUCUCUCAGAGAAUGCUGUCGAAGACACAUGACAUUGAAAAGCAGUUGGACAGUUUGAUCCGUGACACCAAAGCCACAGAUAGCUGCUUGCACUCUGUCUUUAAUGACUUCCUCAUGCUUUCCAAUACACAGUUUAUAGAAAAUAGAGUGUACGAUGAAGAGGUUGAAGAGACUAUUCCCAAGACUGAUGCCUUGGAGAAUCAGCCUGAUCAGGUAAAAACUCGAGAGCAGAAAGAAGCGGAGUUGAUCCCUAAGAUGCAGGAAGCAGUAAGCCAUGGUCUGAGGGUGCUGGAGUCGGCCUUCGAGCAUCUUGACAUCAAAGCGGGAAACUCUGAUUCAGAGGACGAUGAGGUCACAGACAGAGUGGAUGCCAUUCUGGAGCCUAAGGAUCUCUAUGUGGAUAGACCACUUCCAUAUCUGAUUGGUUCCCAGGCCUUCAUGGAACAAGAGGAGGUUGGACUUGGUGACCUCUCCAGUGAUGAAAUGUCAGUUGACAGUGACAGAGACAGCGUAAUUGAGAGCGAAGAUGGCAAAGAAUCAGUUCGCUCAGAUGAUGACUUCAACCAGGAGGAGGACGAAGGCCACAAAAGUAUUCAGAAGAAGUCAUCCAUGUUGAGUUAUGAGGAAGAGGAUGAUGAAGAGGAUGAGGAUUCUGACAUUUUUGCAGAAUCAGACAGGGAUGAGGAUGACGACAACGACAGCACGAAGAACACUGGCACAUCGUCUUUUGCUGAUGAGCUGGCAGCCCGGAUCAAAGGGGAACCAGUUAGUAAACCAGAGGGAGAUCGCACGUCAUUGUCAUCUAAGAAGAAAAGUAAAGGCAGGAAAGGACCAAAGCCUGCAAAGCCACAGGCGGCUGACGAGGACAGUGAUGACAUGUUUAAGCCACCGAAGAUGGAUGAUGACGACUUCUCCCCAUUUGGAGGGAAAGGAGGCCUCUUCAGUGGUGGGAAAGGCCUAUUUGACGACGAUGAGGAGGGGGAUCUUUUCUCCGAGGCUCCAAAACCUCCUACGUCCGAAGACAAAAAGGUGCUGAAUGAAAGCAUGAGAAGCACAUCUCAAACUCCAAAAUCGGACAUAUCGGGAAAGAAGAUUCCAGCAGGUGGCGUUUCAAUAUUCCCAGACGACAGCCUGUUCCCUUCAGGGCUCGACUCUGACUCAGUGACGAGCAAGGAAAACGGGACUCGAGUUCCUAAGACCAAUGCUGCCUCCACUCCUGCUCCGGCGGGGGCUGCUUUUGGUGAAGGAGCAGGUGGGCUGUUUGAUGAUGAGGACGAGGAGGAUGACUUCUUCAGCGGUAAAAGCCUGAUAAAGUCUGACUCCGCUGGACACAAGACACCUAAGAAAGCUAUUGAUCUUUUCGACGAAGACGAUGGCGACAUAUUCGGUGAGAAGUACAUUGCUCGGACGCCGGCACAAAGCAAGAAGGAGUUAGUGGAGGAGCAGGUUAAACCACCUGAGAAAAAGAUGCCAGCAGGCGCAAUCUCUAUGUUUGGACCAGGGACGCAAAGCUUGCUCAAUGAGAGCCUGAAGAAAUGUCAGCCGACUCCCAGCGAAGCGUCUGAGAAAUCUAUGGAGAAUGGACCGGCUCCAGAUCAUACUAAGGCUGCUGUGAAGCAGACCCAGAAGCCUCAGAUGAGAGGCCUCUUCUCUGAUGAUGAAGACACACAGGGAUCUCCCAUUAAGAGCCAGUCUAAGCCUGAGCCUACAAGCCAGGGCAAAACCAGCAAGGCGCCUCUGUCAUUAUUUGAUGACGAGGAAGAAGAGGACCUGUUUGCUUCCGCUGCAAAGUCCAAAGCAAAACCUCAUCAGACAAAAGCCUCCACACCGCAACCCAGCAGAGCCGUGUCCAGCUCCCUCUUCAGUGAUGAUGAGGACCAGUGGGUGAGUUCUAUAAAUAGUGCGGGGAAGUCAGAAGUAAAGGCAGGAGGGAUGAAGACCAGCGUCAGCGCUCCCUCUGGUCUCAUCGCUGCCAAAAUCUCUCACAAAAGCAGCCUCUUUGACAAUGAUGACGAGGACGACCUGUUUGCUCCAGCGACAGAGUCAAGCCAGCGGAAACCUCAGAGGGUCGCCCUGUUGUUUGAAGAUGAGGGUGACGACGAUGCAGAUACGGGAUCCCUCUCUGGCAUCAAACCUGCUCUCAACACAAACACCGCAGCCUCAGCGGCUAAAGCCUCUCAGUCGUCCUCCCUGUUGGAGGAGUCAGAAGAAAAGCCUUCAGCGCAGAAGACCCCUGAGCCGCUCCCAUCGGCGCCCUCGACAGACAUCGGCGAGAGUAAAAAGAAGCCUGCCGGGGGGUUCAGUCUUUUCGGCGGCAUUGACGUUCUGGCCAGCAGGCAGACAAAGACCCCGUUGGAUGAAGACGGCCUCCUUUCUGAAGACGACCCACCGCCCAAUGUCAAGAAGGAGGAGAAAGUCAAAACAAACGCUGUUAGUCUGUUCGAUGAUGAAGAGGAAGAUGAAUCCGAUUGGAAUGAGCCAAUAUUCACACCCAGUAAACCCGCAUCGAGCAGCACUCAAAAGCUCGCAGAGGAUCGGCCACAGACGACAAGCACAGGUGUGUUCCAGGAUGAGGAGCUGCUGUUCAGUCAGACGCAGCAGAAGGACAACGACCCAGAUGUUGACCUGUUUGCCCCCUCGGGGAAAGCUGAGAGCUCUAAGCUGAGCUCCGAGAAGCCAGCGACAACAAGUCUGUUCGCAGAAGACGAUGAGGACGACCUGUUCGGCUCCGUCAAGACGAAGACUCCUCCUCCGAAAGUAGCGGAGAAGCCCAGUAGACCUGAUGACAGAGCGCCACUCGCAAGUCCCGAAGCUGCAACCGAGAUUCAGAAGCCUGCACCAAACCCUGUAAAACCUAAAGAUUCCUCAUCAAGGAUUGGGAAACUUCAAGCCAAUCUGAUGAUCAACCCCGCCGCGUUGCUCCCUGGUGCUUUCCCCGGCACAGCUCCUAGUUCCUCCUCUAAGGUUUCCAACUCCAGCCUGAGCCCCGGCCCUGCCACAACUCCUACAGGAGCCCAAACGGACCUCGAGGGAGGGUUGAAUUUCAACGACCCGAUUCAGGUUACAACAUUGCAGAGCGCGCACAAGAGUCGUGCCAAAGGUUCUGUUCAGAGGAGACCCCAGUCCAGAGCUGCGAGGCAGCAAGCAGCCCAAAGAGCUUUACUGGAUAAAGGAGUGGCCGAGGGUGGAGACGUUCCAGGGCCCAAUCCGAGCCUGCCUGCUUUAGCAUUCCCUCCACCAGAUAAAUCCAGCCAGACACAGGCCGGUCCGAUAUUACCGAGCUUGGCUGAACCCGCUCGCCCGCCCGCCUCCUCGCCUUCUCCUUCACCUUCAUCCCUCUCUGAAGUCUCCUCCACGGCGCCGGUACCGAAGCUGCCCGUGUCCACAAACGGCGGAAAGAAAGACAGCAGCAGUACCAAAGUGCUUCCGUCUCCUGGUGAGGAGGACAUUUUUGCCUCUGACAGUCUGUUUGGGGCCACUUCAGUCACUAACACGCCCUCCGCCAAGACGACGCAACCUCAGGCCAGCGGUGGGGUGGGAGUGAAGACAGACGGAGACAAAAGCACUCUCCCAUCCAUUUUUGAUGCCAACACGGGUGACCUUUUCCAGAAGGUCAAACCCAGGUCAGCAAAAAAAAAAGCCGUGGCCACGUCCUUUUUGGAGGAAGAGGACGACGAUGAGGACAUCUUUGGAGUGAGCAACAGCUCCGCUCACACCUCCACGGGUAGUAAAGGAAUCAAAAGCAGCAGUAGUUUUUCAAAGGAGAACAUCUUCCAGGAUGAAGUUUCCACGGUGCCUAAAGUUCUCAAGAAGCACAAAGAGAAGACCCUUGAUGCCAGCUUGUUCGAUGACAACAUAGACAUUUUCGCUGAUCUGACGGACACUUUGAUACCAAAACAGAAGUCCAAGACGAAAGUAGAGACCAAGUCAAUAUUUGAUGAUGACAUGGAUGACAUCUUUGCACCCAGCAUCGUAAAACCAGUCACGAAGGCUCCCCAAAAGUCAAAGAAAACCCCACUUCCUCAGGAGACCAGUACGGCUGCGGAUCCAAGCAACACAUUUGAAGAUCCACUUAAUGCUCUCGGUGGGAACUGAACUGUUGUUUCUGAUUCGCAAGACUUGUAUAAUUAUGGAUUCAUUUCUUUUGCCAUUUGGAGGCUGUAAGAUUGGAGAUCGGAAACACUGUUGAUUAUUUAUUAAUUUGAAAUCUUAUAAAUACUGGGGCUUAUUUUUGCCAGAUAUAGAUUUUAAAAUGCAAAUUAUUACAAGCAUCUUCUGACAGCACUUCCAAAAUCAUCUCAGUUCAGAUCAUAUUAUGUAACAGUUACAAUGUACUGUUCACCUUUAUAAUACAUAUUAGCACUUUAUCAGCAACGGCUACCAUAUGCUUUGUCUCAAAGCAUGCAGAAAUUAACAGUAAUUUGUUUUAAAUGUCUAUCAUUUGGCUUUUCCAUGUUGAGAUUAUAUGUUUUUGGAUUUGCACCAUAUAGCUAUAAGAAAUUAGUGUACUUACUGUUAGGCAUUUUGACAAUGUUUUUAUUGAAAAGAAAUUGACGAAUUUCUUAACUUUGCCUGUGAUGAAAAUGGACAUUUUUAAUAACUAAAAAUAAAUAUUUUCUAUCUGAAAUGA